AUGUCUGAUUUAGCUGCUAAAUUUGCUGAAGCUGAAAUUACACCUAAUAUUUUACCUGAAGCACCAAAACAAUUAUUAAAUUUAAAUUUUGAUGGAAUUCAGGUACAACCCGGACAAACAAUGAAUACAAGAAAUCUUAGAUUUGCUCCAAGAUUUAAUAUUGAUGCUGAUCCUGAAUCAACCUUCACUUUAGUUAUGAUUGAUCCUGACAAUCUUUCUCGCAAAAAUCCAUCAGUUGCUGAAUGGCUUCAUUGGCUUGUCUGUAAUAUACCAGCAUCUAAUGUAAAUGAAGGAAUUAAUGGUGGUCAACAUCAAAUGGCUUAUGGAUCACCAGCACCACAACCGAGAACUGAUCUUCAUAGAUAUAUUCUUGUCCUAUUUGAACAUCAAGGACGUCGUGUUAAUGUACCAAAACCAACAACAAGAGCAAAAUGGAGUUUAAAACAAUUUAUGGAAAAAAAUAAAUUAGAUACACCAAUUGCUGGUAACUUCUUUUAUGCAAAACACGAAGGAUAA